CAGUGUGGCAGCUGGGAAUGUGUUGGUUUCAACACAGACCGCUAUUUCAGGACGAGGAGCAGUAGCGGCGCUGGCCAAGAAGAGACUCUGCCCACGGCCCUACUCCAGCCAGCACACGGGCUUAAAUUGAACUCUGAACGGAGGACUUGCAUUGUCUGCCCGGGGUAGUCGGUGCUCUCGGACCGCAUCAGAUGGUGCACGGAGAGCCGCUGGUGGCUCACUGCAGGGCUGCAAGCUAGAGGGAGAACCGCCGGAGCACCGUGUUCGUCCCCCGGUUUGUGUACACCUUACCUCCUGCCUGCUGUGUCCGGUUACAAAACGAAUUAAGGUGUCCCUUGACAGUAUACUCUUUACGAGUCCAGGUUUCAAACGCUGGGUUAUGCGUCUGUUUUGCCGAUACCAAAACACUUACACCAACGACAAUGGACUGAACCUGCAGCGGGGGCGAGCGACACACAACCUGCCGCAGAUUUCCUACAUGUAAAUAAAUAGAUGAUAGAGGAUACAAUGACCCUGUUGUCUCUGUUAGGUCGGAUCAUGCGUUAUUUUCUGCUCAGACCGGAGACCUUGUUCCUGCUGUGCAUCAGCCUGGCUCUGUGGAGUUACUUCUUCCACACGGACGAAGUGAAGACCAUCGUCAAGUCCAGCCGGGAUGCGGUCAAGAUGGUCAAGGGGAAAGUGGCGGAGAUGAUGCAGAACGAGCGGUUCGGAGGGCUGGACGUCCUGGACGCGGAGUUCUCCAAGACAUGGGAGUUCAAGAGCAGCAACGUGGCCGUGUACUCCAUCCAAGGCCGGCGAGAGCACAUGGAGGACCGGUUCGAGGUGCUCAGCGACAUCGUCAACAAGAGUCACCCCUCUAUUUUUGGGAUUUUUGAUGGCCAUGGAGGAGAGGCUGCGGCUGACUUCGCCAAGGCCCACCUGUCUGGGGCACUCCGCCAGCAGCUACUGACCUACGAACGUGAGAGAGAGCGAGACAAAGAAAAAGACAAGGAGAAAGAAGAAAAAAAGGAAAGGGGCGGCCUGUCCUAUCCUUCCAUACUGGAGCAGCAGAUAUUGAAUCUGGACAGAGAAAUGCUUGAGAAGCUCUCUGCCACUUACAAUGAAGCAGGUACUACGUGUCUGGUGGCCCUGCUCUCUGAAAAGGAGUUGACGGUGGCCAACGUUGGAGACUCGCGUGGAGUUCUUUGUGACAAAGACGGAAAUGCUAUUCCUCUGUCGCAUGACCACAAACCUUACCAGCUAAAAGAACGCAAGAGGAUCAAGAAGGCUGGUGGGUUCAUCAGCUUCAACGGCUCGUGGCGUGUGCAGGGCAUCCUGGCCAUGUCCCGUUCUCUGGGCGAUUACCCGCUGAAGAACCUCAACGUGGUCAUUCCCAAUCCGGACAUCAUGACGUUUGACCUGAACAAGCUGCAGCCGGAGUUCAUGAUCCUGGCCUCGGACGGCCUGUGGGACACCUUCAGCAACGAGGAGGCGGUUCGCUUCAUCAGGGAACGACUGGCCGAGCCUCAUUUCGGCGCAAAGAGCAUCGUCCUCCAAUCCUUUUAUCGUGGUUGCCCUGACAACAUCACCGUCAUGGUAGUCAAGUUUAAAGGCAAGGCCAGCGAGAAGUAGACACGCAUCAACAACACACAACAUCUAUAUCAUGUUUGAAUAUUAGUGAGAAGUAAUAGGGUUAAGAUGAGAGAUUUAAAAACUCAAAACAACAUUUUGGGUGAGAACAAUUUCUAUCACAGAUAUUUGCAGUUCCCCUCCUUUACUUUUACAAAUGAAAAAGCGUUACUUGUAAGAAAUUGCUUUCAUUUAGUUAUGCAACAACAGAUUGAGCUGUGUGUGUGCGUGCGUGUGUAUGCUUGAGAAUAUGAAAAUAAUUGAUAUAUUUCACGUUAACAACCAAUGCAUUGCCUGUCCAAUAAUGAGAAAAUGACAGUAAACAAGCUAGCAUGGAGUUUGACUUCCACGUUAUUUCAGAGGUGAGGUCUUCCACUAUGUGACCACUAAUGUUUAUGCUUUUAGUUGUCUAACUCUGUUGUCACAUCAUUUAAUUGUAGACUUGUGUCUACCAAGUGACUGCACUGAAAAAGUAUUUUUUUCCUGGAUCAAUUACAUGUCACUGGUGCAAAUAUGAUUGUAUUCCCUUUAUACAGGAACAACACAAAUGAUACUAUGCUUGUUUAAAUAUCACCAUCGAUAUUGUACAGCAAUACAACCAAUUACAAUGGUCGCAUCACACUUGCUGAUCAUGGGAAUUUGAUGUAAGGAUGAAAGUGUUUUGUCUUGAAUUUUAUAAUUUUAGAUGUUGAAUGUCUAAGUUCACUUAAAUUGAUUGCUGUUUUUGUGCUGAUAAAGUCUCAAUUCUGUUUUGAUUGUUGAUACAUAUUACAUUUGUUAAAGCUGAGACUCUGGUAUGAUCCCCACCUUAUCAGCAUUUAUGUAACUACUGAUAAUGUAAUGCUGCAGAUUGUUAAAAGAAAAUCUCUCUUACAACUUAAAAAUAAAAAUCAUUUUAAACUUGAGGAAGGAGGUAAUAAUUAAGGUAUCACAGGCAGUUACAAUUGUGAAUGAUUUAGCAAUUUAAAUUAUCAAGAAAGAUUUACCACCCUUAGGCUUCUUUUCUACAUAAUUAUUGACGUGCUAGUCCUUUAUCUGAGGUUUCUUAAAUUAUCACAUGACAAAUUAACGUUACAAUUUCAGCCUUUAAUGCCAUGUCCUCUACAUCCUGCUAUUGAUCAUUAACAUUUUCCUGAACUGUAACUCAAAAUGUAACAAGCCUUUGAAUGAAUUGUGUUAUUGUUGCCUUCUUUUUUAAACUGUUGAUUUCCUGUUAUGAAGUCUGCUGCCAAAACUACUUUCAGUUUAAUGUAUUGCCGUCGAUCAUGCCAUGCACACUGCUCGACCCUGAAGUCGUACCAUGUUAACUCACAUGUAAAAUAGCAUUAUGGGAAGAAAUGUCUCUAAGAGACAUGGAAUUGUAAGAUGAAUGUACAUACUGUCCUCAUGUUAGUAUCACCCCUCCACUGUUCAUGCAUCAAUGAAUAAAGCAGUGCGCCUGUUUCUGGAUUGUUUAACUUCAGAGAUAUAUAUAUAUAUCAGAGAAAACUGUCUGUUUGUGCUUUUUCAGUUCACAUUCUUCCUAAAAUAUGUACCUUACAGAGUGUUUAUGUGGCAUCUGUACUUGUUUUUGUUGACUUUAAUAAACUGUACAAAAAUACAAUAACAAUUAUUCUGACAUUUCAAAUUGUAAAUCUAAAAGUGAACAUUAAA